CGUCUAUGUCUCGCAGAACUGGGUGAGUUUGGGGGAAACUUGGUGAUCAUGGACGAAGAAGCGAAUGGUGAAAGCACCUUCAUCACAGGAGGUGAUCACUCCGCUGCAUUGUCAGACGUGACUUCAAUCCUUUCCCAACCUCGAGAAGAGCGCCUCGCCAACCUGGAGAGAUUCACGCGAUGCAUCACCUGCAAGUUCUGUCGGAGGCCGGCGCAGGAGGACCUGGACUUGCGGAAGUUGAUGCCUGACAGCCUUGGACGGGAUCCCGAUGUGUGGGAGUACACUUCUUGUGCGAUUUGCUUGUGCGACUUUGCAGAUGGGGAGGAGCUUCGACGCGCGUCGUGCCCUGGUGGACAUGCCUUCCAUCCAAAGUGCCUCCGCGCUUGGAUUGAACGCUCCAACGAGACGUGCCCGGUGUGCCGCUGCAAAGAAGGCGACCGCUCCAAGACCGGUUCCGGUGCCAGAUUCAGUGCCGAUGCCCUGGCGGAGUUUGUGACACGCCGUAUGCGCAGUACGAAGGUUGACUUCACUGUUUCCAAAGAGAACCAUCAGAGAGCAGAUGAGGUCAUGGCGCAGCUCUUUCUUCCCAUGGUGUGCUUGAAGCCUGCGGUUGAGGAGGAAGAUGAGCCGCAGGCCCCAUCUCCACAGAAGGGGUCGACGUUGGUGGAGAUCUUCGCGGCCCGCAAUGCGGCGCGGCAGGCCUGAGUCAUCCUGCAACAGCCCGAGGACAUCUACAAUUGGAGAAUGGCAAAAACAUUCACUCAGGUGCAGGUAUGCCCAGUUCAUCAGACUCGGUAUCCCAUGAUUGGGGUAGCUUCGUUGAGUGCGGUCCCACAAUCACGCUGCACUCCCCUGCUGAAAACAAAAUCAACUCAAAUCAACGGCUUCCCUGUGACUCCAACACGCAGGCUGAGUGAGUGGGGUCGGCGGAUUCUUUUCAGAAAUGGACGUCAUCUCCGGACUCCGGAGCCAGUUUUCCAUGAGCGCACGUUGAGAAGUCCCAUGUUCGUUCACCUCCUGUAGUCAUAUUGCUGGAGUUUUAUCCCAAACACGGACAGCGCAAGACAUGGAAACCUUGGAAACAAUGGAAUAGGUUCCGUUUCCAGAAAAGGAUGCAGCCUGAACCGCUUUUGGCCCUGCCUCAGGCGGAGCGGCCUCCGGGUGUGGCCUCGCCGCGGAAGUCUCCCCGGCGUGGCCCAUCGCCUAAAGGGCGAACACGACGCCUGAAGAAGUGACUUGUUUUAGUUUGAAGGAUUUGUUUCGCUCUUCAGUGCUGUCCAAUAUGUUUUGUUUUUUGUUUUGUUCUGGGCGCAGUUCGUUCAGUUCUGAGUUCUUCUGAGUGCUUGUUGGGCGUGAAAUGGAGGUUUGCCGCAGGCGGUGUUGAGGUUUUGAAAGGAAAAGGUGAAGGAAGUGGAAGUGGUAAAGAUUGCCACUUGAGCUUUUGUACAUAUGCUGCAUGGGCCUGGGCCUGCAAAGAAUAUAAAGUCCAUGGCCCCUGGCAGUAUUUAGCAAGUCUGGGCCUUUUUUCGUUGUUGACGGGGUCUUUUGCAGGUCACAAUCCUUGCUUUACCUAUGUAGCCACACAGCGCGAGCUUCAAAUCCUGAAGCUAGAUCAGAUCUUAAGAGCUGUGCCAUGAAAA